CUUCCAGACAGCUGUCGUCUGCGUAGAUAAAACGCCUGGCCGUAGUGUUGGGAAGUCAUUUGUGAAGAGGUUGAAAGGUGUCAGAGCCCUGAGGUCACCCAGGCUAUCCAUGGAAACCUUGUAUUCUGCCCUCCAGGACGAGAUCCGUGCCUUCGAGGCACACGUGCAGAGCUGCCAGAAAGACUUUGACCUGCACACGCUUUACAAUGUGCUGCUGCUGCUGCUCCCCGGGAGCCCGACCUGGGAGGUGAAAAGCCUGGAGCAGCUGGAAAAGCUUGUUGAGGGCAGGGACUGGCCAGGCCAGGCCACCGUGAAAAUUACAGGCAGCACUGAGAGUUCUGAUGUCCCUAGCUAUGUCGCCUGGCUUGGCUCCUACCUGGGAUACUUAAAUGCUUUAAAAGAGACGUUUGAUGCCAAGGUCGUGUUCCCUUUGUGUGAGCACCUGUAUGUCCAUGAUGAGCUGGAUGCCGGGGCCGAGCGCCAGUCUCCCGGGGGUUCCUGCAGCGGAUCUGGUGCUGGGCACAGCGGGGAGAAGAGGCCCCACACUGUGACCUCCAUCGCAGAUAUCGCCAAGCAACUCUUUGCCGUCAGGAGGAAGUGGGCGUUGCUGCUCAACCGGGGGGUGAUUGACGACCGAGUCUUCAGCCCCCAGAGCCUGUGCGCCCUGCGGGGCUUUGCCAACACUGGCCCCAUUGUGAAGGUUCUGAGGCUGGUCCCUGACAUCUUUCACAAGAGCUUGGCCACGGCAGCGCUUGCCAGGCAGUGGCUCAGUCUCCAUGGAAGCAGAUACAGCAUCUUCCAGCUGCUGUCAGAGCCAGGCCAGGAGACGGGCGAGUGGAGAAUUGGGCUGGCUCCUGGCACCUCUGAGCCCUGGAGGAAUGGAGUGGCCAUCAGCCUCCCUGAGUCUGCCAACGGCUGCAGCAGUUUCUCAGGAGGCCAGUUACAUCCCAGACCCAGGAGAAGCAGCAGCAGCUGCAGCUCCCAUGAUGGAGGUGGCUGGCUGGGCAACGUCAGUGCGAUGCGAACCAAGCUGCGGGAGAGUCGAGAGGAGCUGAUGGCCCUGCUCUGGCGAGUGGAACGAGCUGGAGUGCUGGAAACUCAGCUGCACGAGCUAACCCAGAGCAUCUCCAGGCUGCAGCUGGAGCAGCAAGACACAAGGCGCAAGCUGGACGUUUCCCAGCAGAGGCUGGAGCAGGCAGACUGGGACAGGCCUGGCAGCAUACCACUGCUUAGCAGCCAGUGCCAGGCAACGCUCAGACAGCUGGAGGACCUGGAGCGGCACAUGGAGCUGGAGGAGUAUCGUAAGAGCAUCUUGCAGAGCGACUGGCUGCUGGAGCUGGAGCUCAGACCAUGUCUUAUUCGGCAGCUUGAUGCAGUAAGAGGCUUAGCUGCUGUCAUGGGUCACGAAUCCCAUCCCUGGAUGGUGUGUGGGUGACGCCACAUUUUGGAGUGUCAGGCGCAUUCUCCCACACACACAGUGAGGGUGUGGGCCUCUGUUUUUGGUG